AUGAACAAAGCGCGCGCUGUGCGGGCGUGGGGGGAGGCGCCGCUCUGGGAAAGGCUGGGUGAGGGCGCUCCCUCCCGCGACGCCUGCGGGUCCCGCUCGCUGCGCGGCUGGGACGGGAUAAGAGGAAGUCCCGGGGACCUGGGGAAGAGGGGCGCCGCAGGUGAGUGCGUGGGGACGCGGGGGGCUUUGUGCCGAGCGGGCUCCGCUGCUCUCCCGGGAGCGGCUUGCUCCUGCCCUCCCGAGCCGCUGCCGGCGCCGCCGCCAGAGGGGGCCCUUGCGCUCCGCCCCACCGCGGCCGCCCGCCGCCCGCCGUCCCGGGGGGAACGCGGAUCCUUGUCCCAGGACUUUCCUGCGGGCGACUGGGCGACACUCGCGGGGUCUCGUCCGCCGGCUCCUCUCACCUCCCCUCUCCCGCCGACAGAAGGACUGAGAGCCCUGCGCCAGGACAGCGGGGUCCCCUGGGGGCAUCUCAGCUGCCGUCCCGGGCUGGGCCGCCUUGAUGGGACAGGAAAGGGAUACGGAGUCGGGCUCGGAGGCAGUGCUGUCCGGAAGGGACCGCUGGAAAACAUCCUUCUGAGACCCCUGGGGAAAGAGACGGGGAGAGGCUGUGGAAAGGAGCGCCCGCUCAGCCCUGCCACCUGCCUGGGGCCCCCUGUCUACCAGUGUCCCUGGAGGGGCUGCCUUGAGCUAGCUUUCCUCUCUAAGGUAGAUUUUCCCCACCUUCUUAUGGCUUCUGAUGCCCAAGCGUCCUCAACUGCCAAGGCCUGGGUCCUGGCUGUCAGAGGCAAGAGAGAGAUCAUAUGGUCUGGGCCCUAUAGGACUUUUGGGGGGGGCGCUCUGUGUGUGUGUUUGGGGGGGGGGUCAGGGCCGAUGUGGUGGGGUAGCAUCCACGCUGACCUGUGUUUUGGGUGAAGACGUGGCACCACCCCCUCCCCCCCGCAUGGCCCCCACCACCCCCCAAGCUCCUGAACUGCCUCCAGGUCUCCUUCAGCAGGAGCUUGCUGGGAGCCGCCGUGCCAUUGCUCCUGCCUUUAGAACACUGCUGCAGAACCCACUCCUUGCUCCUUUCUGCCCUGGCCUCCUCGCCUCACCUGUUUUCUGCUGU